AUGUCGCCCACAUACAGAUUCCAACAGACGCAGCGUAAUUAUUCGCCUCGCAGACAAAGUCCUGGCGAUGAAAAGCGUGAAAAACAAUCCUCAGGGUUGUGUGACCGGGUAGUAAGCCACUUCAAGAGAAAUGAAAUGACGUAUGAAAACAUCAUGAUAGGCUGUGGAAUAUUUGCUGCUGUUAUAGAGGCUAUAAAUGGUCCUGGGCCUCCCAACCCUCCCAAAGCUGGGGGUACAUCCGCGAAGAGCGACAUGGCUACCUUCACCUAUGUCAACCCGAUCCCUGGAUUCUGGUGA